AUGCAACCGGACAAUUCGCCGGAAAAUUCAGCUUUUCAUCAAGUUCCUGAAGGAAAUGGUUUCAUUUACGGAUUUCCGUCGAUGGAGAGUUACUGUAGUUCGUCGUUUUACCCCAUGGAGGUGCCGGAAUUUAUGCAUGCUCCAACUGAAGUAAGAGCUCUAACUGCAUCGGAGAAUCAUAAAGAAGCUGAGAGGAAACGUCGAGAGAGAAUCAACUAUCAUCUUGAUAGGCUUAGGACCCUUCUUCUUUGCAAUUCUAAAACGGAUAAAGCUUCACUUCUUGCAAAGGUGGUUGAACGGGUGAGGGAAUUGAAGCAGCAGGCAUCAGAAAUAACUCAGUACGAUCAAACUUUCCCUUCUGAGACUGAUGAAAUCACAGUAAUCCAAAAUGAAUAUAAUUCUGCUGAUGGAAAAUCUCUGAUCAAGGCUUCUCUUUGCUGCGAAGACCGGAUCAAUCUCUUACCCGACCUUAUCGAUUUAUUAAAGUCGUUGCCAUUGAGCCCUUUAAGGGCAGAAAUUGUAACAUUGGGAGGAAGAAUCAGAAAUGUGCUAGUAUUGGCUAGUGAUAAAGAUCAGACUGAUGAAUCCGUUGUGUUAUUGAGAGAUGCACUGAAAAGUCUAAUACUACGUUCAAGUUAUGGAUCCGGGGAAGGCUCGAAAAGACGAAGAAUACUUGGCGAAAGAAUCAUAGGCUAG